UGCAGCUCCUGCCCGGUUGGUGCCCCUGGACUGCAGCCGAGAAGAGGCAGACCCCCUUUCUCCCCCCCCCCCACCCAUCCUCUCCCGCCACCCCUCCCGGCUCUGGCGCGUCUUGGGUGGCCAGCCCAGCUGAGGAAGGAGGUGCUGGCGGCUGAGCAUCCCGCGCGCCCAGGACGCAGCCCGGGCGAGGAAGAGGAAGGGCUCGGCCCGGUGGGGAAACUUGAUCGGACGGAGGCAGGUUCAGCAACUGGCCGGAGGGGGGGGGAGGUGCAUCUCUGUGCGUGUGUGUGUGUGCGGGCGUGUGGGUGUAUGGGUGUGCGUGGCCGGUCGGUGGAUGGCUCGGGAGCCCCAGGGAGCAGCCUGGCGUGGCCCCCUCGCCGCCUGCACGGCCACUGCCUCUCCUCCUCCUUCCUCUCCUCCUCGCGAGCAGGCACCUGCGCUGAAGCCGGAGGAUUAAACAGACACGCUCUGCAAAAGCAGCCACCAGCACGACCCUUUGCAGGAAAACAAGAAGGGGAAAGGAAAAAGACUCAGGUCCGAAAAAGGAAAGAACCACACGCAUAACGCACCGAGCAGAGGCGAGGCGGGAAGGGGAAAAGCAGAGCGAGACCGAGGGAGCGCCAGCGAGACACGCAGUUCUGCCCGGUGCCCAGGAAUCCGUUUGAAAUGACUGGGAGGAUUUCACGCUUGGAAUUAUGUGGAGGGCCAAUGCAACCCGGUUUGCACGGAUAGCCAGCCCUGCCUCUCCGAGGCGGUGGCGGCCAGGCGAUGCGGGCACGUCCGGCGCUCCGCCGCGGCGCUCCGGGCUCCGGAAAGAAGGAUGGCAGCUGCCCCCCUUGAGGCUCGGCGCUGAGGAGGCCUGCGAAAUGCUCAACUUGGCAGGCGAGGUUACCAUUUCGCACGUCCCUGGGCAUGGAGCUGCUCAAGAUGGCCCGCGUUUGCUGGAAUCUCCUGGUGCUCCAGGCAUUUUUAGUCGAUUUGGCCCUGGUCCGUGGGGCAGAGAAGACCUACCCCAUCUUGAACAUUGCCGUCAUUCUGGGGAGGACGCAGUUCAGCACGGAACGAGACGUCCGGGCGCUUUGGACCAGGGAUCUGUCGGGCGAUGUCUCCGUUGAUGUCAACGUGGUGCCCCUUCUGGUCAACCAGACUGACCCCAAAAGCAUCAUCACCAACGUCUGUGACUUGAUGUCCGGCACCAAGAUCCACGGGGUGGUUUUCGGAGACGACACUGACCAGGAGGCUGUUGGCCAGAUUUUGGAUUUUAUUUCGUCACAGACCUUUAUUCCCAUUUUGGGAAUCCAUGGGGGCUCUUCCAUGAUCAUGGCAGAGAAGGAUGAGAUGUCCACAUUUUUCCAGUUCGGGGCGUCCAUCCAACAGGAAGCCAUCAUCAUGUUGAAAUUCAUGCAAUAUUAUGACUGGCACGUCUUCUCGGUGGUGACCAGCACCUUCCCCGGCUACCGGGACUUUAUUAGUUUCAUCAAAUACACGGUGGAGAAUAGCUUUGUGGGCUGGGACAUGCAAAACAUCAUCACCCUGGACACUACCAUCGGGGAUGCCAAGACCACGGUCCAGCUGAAGAAGAUCCACUCCUCUGUCAUCCUUCUGUAUUGCUCGAAGGACGAGGCGGUUUACAUCCUAGACGAAGCGCGCUCCUUGGGCCUGACCGGUUAUGACUUCUUCUGGCUCGUCCCUAGCUUGGUGAGUGGGAACAUGGAAAUCACUCCGAAAGAGUUUCCUGCAGGGUUGAUUUCUGUGGCCUAUGACGAAUGGGACUACCGCUUGGACGCUCGGGUACGGGACGGCCUUGGGAUUAUUUCUACUGCGGCGUCGGACAUGCUGGAAAAAUACUCCUUCAUCCCUGAAGCCAAAACCAGUUGCUACGGACAGCAGGGGAACAGCGAGCGGCCGUCCCACACGCUGCACAAGUUUAUGAUGAAUGUGACCUGGAAAGGCAGGGACUUAUCCUUCACCAAAGACGGCUACCAAGCCCAUCCCCGACUGGGCGUCAUUGUGUUGAACCAAACCCGGAUGUGGGAAAAGGUGGGGAAAUGGGAGAACAACAGCCUGAGCCAUAAGUAUUCUGUAUGGCCCAGGUUUAAUUCUUUCAACGACAGCGACCCGGACAACAACCACCUCAGUAUCGUCACCCUGGAAGAGGCCCCCUUCGUCAUUGUGGAGGACAUGGAUCCCUUAACGGAAACCUGCGUGAAGAACACGGUGCCCUGCCGGAAGUUCGUCAUCAUCAACAACGUCACCAAGGAAGGCAAGAACGUGAAGAAGUGUUGCAAAGGGUUCUGCAUCGACAUUCUGAAGAAGCUCUCCAAGGCCAUCAAGUUCACCUACGACCUCUACCUGGUGACCAACGGGAAGCACGGGAAGAAGAUCAACAACGAGUGGAAUGGAAUGAUUGGGGAAGUGGUCAAAAAGCAAGCGGUCAUGGCUGUAGGUUCCCUUACCAUCAACGGAGAGCGCUCGGAGGUGGUUGACUUUUCCGUACCGUUUGUGGAAACGGGGAUCAGCGUCAUGGUGUCUCGGAGUAAUGGCACUGUGUCGCCGUCUGCUUUUUUAGGGCCUUAUCGCGCUUCCGUCUGGGUGAUGAUGUUUGUAAUGCUCCUCAUUGUGUCGGCCAUUGCCGUCUUCGUCUUUGAGUACUUCAGCCCUGUGGGCUAUAACCGGAAUUUAGCACAAGGGAGAGAUCCUCACGGGCCCUCUUUUACGAUCGGGAAAGCGGUGUGGCUGCUGUGGGGCUUGGUGUUCAACAACUCCGUCCCGGUUCAGAACCCCAAAGGGACCACCAGCAAGAUCAUGGUCUCCGUCUGGGCCUUCUUUGCCGUCAUCUUCCUGGCCAGUUACACUGCCAACUUGGCCGCCUUCAUGAUCCAAGAGGAGUUUGUGGACCAGGUGACCGGCCUGAGCGAUAAGAAGUUUCAGCAGCCCUAUGCCUAUUCGCCUCCCUUUCGGUUUGGGACUGUCCCGAAUGGCAGCACGGAGCGAAACAUUAGGAAUAACUAUAAAGAAAUGCAUGCCUAUAUGGUGAAGUACAACCAGAAAGGGGUGGAAGAUGCCUUGGUCAGCUUGAAAACUGGAAAGUUGGACGCUUUCAUCUACGAUGCGGCGGUCCUGAACUACAAGGCUGGGCGGGAUGAGGGCUGCAAGCUUGUCACGAUUGGCAGUGGGUACAUCUUUGCCACAACAGGGUAUGGAAUUGCCCUCCAGAAGGGAUCACCGUGGAAGCGGGCAAUUGAUCUUGCACUGCUGCAGUUUGUCGGAGAUGGUGAAAUGGAAGAGCUGGAGACCUUGUGGCUAACGGGCAUUUGCCACAACGAGAAGAAUGAGGUCAUGAGCAGCCAGCUGGACAUUGACAACAUGGCAGGUGUGUUCUACAUGCUGGCGGCCGCCAUGGCGCUCAGCCUCAUCACUUUUGUCUGGGAACACCUCUUCUACUGGAAACUGCGUUUCUGCUUCACCGGGGUUUGCUCCGACAGGCCAGGAUUGCUCUUCUCCAUCAGCAGGGGCAUUUACAGCUGCAUUCAUGGGGUGCACAUUGAGGAGAAGAAGAAGUCGCCCAAUUUCACCUUGACAAGUUCUCAAACGAACAUGCUGAAACUGUUGCGGACGGCCAAGAACAUGACCAACGUGGCCAACAUGAAUCCCGCACGGAUGAAUUCCCCCAAAAGAACAGCCGAUUUCAUCCACAGGGGGUCCUUGAUUAUGGACAUGAUGAUGGACAAGGGGAACCUCAUCUUCUCCGACAACAACAGGCCCUUCCCGCCCAAGGAGAACAUCUUUAGUGACAACAUGAGCGACCUCCAGACCUUCAACCGGCACAAGGACAACCUCAACAACUACGUUUUCCAUGGGCAGCACCCCCUCACACUCAACGAAACGAACCCAAACACGGUGGAGGUGGCCGUCGCGGCCGAAGCCAAAGGGAAUUCGCGCCCGAGGCAACUGUGGAGGAAAUCGAUGGAAUCUCUGCGCCAAGAAACCCUCCGGCAGAGCCAGAGUUCUCAGCGGGAGAACGACUCGGACGAAAACCGCCAGCAUGCCUCGAAAAGCUCGCGGUACCUGCCGGAAGAGAUUGUGUGCUCGGAUGUUUCGGACACCUCCAGCCGAGCCACCUGCCACCUGGAGCCCGAGAGCAACGGCAAGCAGCCCAAGUCCAAGGAGAACGUGAAGAAAAGACCCACCUCCAAAUAUCCCAAGGAGCCCAGCGAAAUGGAGCUGACUUACCUGAAGAAUAAGACUCUGCCCCGGGACAAAAUUUACAUUAUAGAUGCCGAUAAAGAGCGGGGCUUCCAUCUGGAGAGGCCUCAAUAUAUUGAGAACCUGAUCCUUCCAGAAUCGGCUGAGUUCUCUGAGGUUUACCAGGAUCACACCGACAACCACCAGCAGGCAGAGCAGAGCAACCGGACUCCAUCGGCGACCGAGGACGGCCUUCUGAGCAAUGACCAGUACAAGCUGUACUCGAAGCACUACGGCUUGAAAGAGAAAAAUGCCUCCCUGGGCGAAGCGAACGAGAGGUACCGGCAAAACGCCACCCACUGUCGGAGCUGCCUCUCCAGCUUGCCCAGUUACGCCGGACACUACCUGAGCCGGUCCCCCUUCAAGUGUGACGCCUGCGUGCGGAUGGGCAACCUGUACGACAUCGAGGAAGACCAGGUGUUGCAGGCAACCGCCGACGCGACCCAGCGGGACGACACGUAUCGGCAUGACUGGAUUCAGAACAACAAGACCCAGCCUCCCCGGAAGAGCAAGCUGAAGAUCAGCCGCCAGCGCUCUUUCGACAACCUCCUGGACAAAGCCAGGGAAACGGAGGCCGGGAGGCCAGCUCGCAGCAUUAGCCUGAAAGAGAAGGAGACGCUUCUAGAAGGCAGCCCGUAUGCAAGCCUGUUUCAGGCUCCCCAGAGCAAACUCUUGAGCAGCCAGCCUCCGCUAUUCACACGCACUCUUGAUGACGGCAAGAGGAUCCGGUCCUUGUACCCCGACCGCUCUGCAGAGAACCCUUUUCUGCACACCUAUGGCGAAGACCAGCACUUGAGUCUUGGACGGAGCCCGGCUGGCCUUUAUAAACAAUCCCAGUCCUUGCCCGCCAAGGCGAGAAAUGAUAGUUACUCAAGGUCGUCGACAAAAUUGGCCACCUCGUACUGUACCAGGGAUGGCCGGGUCCUCAAUGAUAUGUACCUUUCGGAGCAUGGGCUGCCUUACUUCGCCAAUACCGUGUACACGGUCCCGAGAGCAUUAAAUUCCUGCAGCAAUAGACGCGUGUAUAAGAAGAUGCCUAGCCUUGAAUCCGAUGUCUAGCGUUUCCGUUAGCACUUUUAUCGACAGAUAUGAAACAUAGUUGCCAGCAUCUGAGAAACGAAGUUGGGGAUUGGGGGGGGGUAUUCCUUAGCACUUGUGCGGAGAAUUGGCGAUGCCUUCCAUAUUAUUGAAUUAAGAUACCGAUCCGUGGCACAGCUGAACCAAAAAGGAAAGAGGGUGGACGAUAAAAUGAGGCAGACAAAAUUAGUCUCUUCCAGGAGGUAUCUAUACUACAAACGUGACAUUGGCUUUCGUCGGACGUUCCACUUCUCUCUCAAGUGGUCCGGAAGUCCCCUCUUGUUUGAGGGCACUUUGGUUGUGAUGGAUGUGGUCCCUGGCUUUCCACGUGGCCGUGAAAUUCCCUGGGAAGGUCCUUAAAUUGUUUUCGGUUUGUAGUAUAAAUACGCCCUCAGGAAAUGAGUCCAGUUGGGCAAAAGAGGGGGGAAGGGAGGGGGAAGGGGUAAAGGCCACAGUUGGUGGUCAGCCCCAGUAAUAUGUUGGCAACCAUGUUAUUUUUAUACAAUUAUAUGGUUAUUUUACCUUGGAUCGAACCCUUCUAGCACUUUCACCCCUUGUAAUUCCAACCCUGCAAAACUUUAUUUUUUAAUAGAGAUUAAGCAAUAUGGUAUGCAUGUCCUUUGAUACAGAACCACCACCACCACCACGACAACGACAAAUUAAGAAUGCGUUUGCACACCAACAAGGGCAAGACUUAUCAAAGAGAUUAGAAAUUUAGUCCUUUUUUUAAAAAGAGAGAGAAAACCUAUAUAGAGAGAGAGCUCUAUCUGUAUGAUUUUGUUUCAUCUUUGCGUUUAGACACAGUCAAACAAAAGCAAACAUAAAAAAAAAAGAAAAAGAAAAAAACUAUUUAUUCUCAGGGCCUGUGAAUGGAAACAAUAUUGUGUUCAUCUUUGUCUGUCUUACAGAGGCCAAGGCAGCAAUCCGCCAUGGACUUCUUCCCCUGCCCUGGCCAAAUUCCAUUGAAAGGAAAAGGAAAAGGGCCUCGUUCCUUAUGGUGGCCACCCUCUCUCAUUCAGACCGGGGCUCCAAGGGUGGACCAUGCGGCAUACAGCCAGGAAGGGGGGGGGGACGUUGUUCCCGGGGGAGGUGUCUUGGGCAAGACAGUGGGGCUCGCCCGUGCAAUGACACGGGCCAAGCUGGUCCCCCACGGAAGCCAGGGCUGGGGUUCUGGGAGACCUUACUUAGAACCAGGUCUUUAGGGGUGAGUUGGGCUCUGUUGACCAAAAGUGAAAGAGAGAGCGAGGGUAGUCUUUCCAGAUCAUCCGCCUCUUUAGGGAAAACCCAUCAAGGUCUGUCUUCUUGGCAUCGUUCCCUUGGAAAGAUUGCUGAGGUCGGAGGGGGGCCAGGCAGAAGCCCUUCAGAUUUUUGAGAUACUGACCAUUGUGUGGUCAUUGCUGUGGCAGAAACUGCUUAACACUUCCUGGAAACAGAACAAGCCCCUGGGAGGACUCCUGUGUUCUUGAACCGCUCCCAUUCUUUUGAAUGGUUCCUGCGGUCAAUUCACAAGUUACAGACCUUAUGGUUUGGCUUAGGUUUGCUGUCAUUCUCACCACCGACUCUCUACCUUUUGUCUGAAACUGAGCCGGUGCGGAGGAAAAUGAGGCAUGGAGAUCAGAGACAUGCUUCACCGGAUAGGUUUCUCUGAUGUUAGAAGGCAUAGAAGCAAGACAGGUCCUGGGUGAGAAAGCUGGCAACCCUUGUCAGAGAAGGUUUCAGAUCACCUCAUGUUGUAGGCGAUGGCCAUGUGAGCCCAGUGGCCACCUGACUGAGCAGGUGAUUCAAUGCACUUGCCUCUAGAUGCUGGUCAACCACGUGGAUUGAAAACUGCCCUUGGUUUCUGUAAUGUGUUCUGUGGCCCCUGUGGUGGCCCAUGACUCCGUGGUCACAUGGACAGCCGAUCUCCUUGGGGGUCUUAGUGUGCAGUGUACAGGAUCCUCCACCUUGGAGAAGGCCUUUAAAAGAUGGACUGCUUCUCCACCACCGCCACCAAGAUCAGGGCCACCAAUGUCUGUGGCUGUGGCCCCUGUGACCCAAGAGGAGAAGGUCCUGUGGGGGGGUUGCACUCAUACGGUAUAAUGAUCCAUGGGGGUUUGCUCGCGGUACGAAUUUCUCCAAAACUGUUGGAAUCGUAGUGUUAAGAGCAGACCCAUAAGAGUAGCACUUUAUGGUUGAUGUUAUUGCUGAUGGUCACUUUAGUCUCAAAAGAGUCUUGUGGAGGACAAGGGUGGAUUCAGACAGCCUGGGACAGCAGUGGGAGCAAAAUAGAGGUCUCCUUCCAGACGUUAUGUUUGCGAGGACGAACCAUGAGGUGCCUCAAGUUGCUGUGGUAAACAUGAGGUGCCUUGUUGCUUAGCCUGCCUGUCAUGUGGCUUAGAGACAUGACAGGAGGCGCAUGCUGAAUGCACCGAGGAGAGAAGGGUCUUGGGAGGUCUAAAUCCACCCUGUAUUGAAGGAGAAUGAUUCUGGAGAGACCAAUUUUGGGGACUGAAGCCAAAAAAAAAUAUGGGUGAAAACAUAGGCCCAACUCAUUGCACAUGUCACGCGUUGGUUUCUGUUGGUGUCCAAAAGCUUUCAUUCUGUUUCAUGGAUACUCGUUUUGUAACAAAACUGGUUUGUAGAACAAACUCUGCUGUCCGGCAUCGCGGCUCAGACACCUUCCCGGCUGCAAAAAUCUAGAUAACUCCUAAGUCUCAGUUUAUGGAGUAUACAUCUGUUAAGCUGUAGACCUCAUGAUCUAACUUGAAAUCUAAAUGUGUACGAGAAUCUGUGUCUCUUCCUUGUCGGUGAUGAUAACUCAGGGUUGUACAGUAUCUCUCUUCCCCUCAUCCCCUGCCAUCACCCUGAAACAAAGGGGGGGAAAAAGAGAAAAUAACCCCAUGGCUAUUCCCCAACUAGUGGUUGCUUGCUUGUCUACAGCUCGGGAGUGGUCCCCAUUCAACAAACAGCAUGUAAAUGUUAAAUAUCAUUCUUCAUGUAUGACACCGACCACUGUAGACAUUGAAUGGGUCUACGAGGAACGCCGUGCCAUGCUCUGCCAAGAGUCUAGAUGUCCGGCGCCUCCUGAUCAUAGCUCACUUUUGCUCUAUAGAUAUCAUGUAUGUGUCGAUUUAUGUCUGAACUUUUUUUUAAAUUUCUCUGGUCAAAAUUCGUCUUAAUGGCUCAAUAUAUGCACAGAACGUAGACCUAAUUCUGAAAUUAGACUGUGCUAGGCAAGUGGUACAGUAUUGGCAAAUACUCCUGUUGGGUAACCCUAGAGCAGCCAGGACGGGGUUAAACAAAGAACCACACACACACCCCUUUCCGAAACUAGAGAUGCCCUCCAAAAUUGGGUGGUUCCACCCAUUAUAUGCACUCUGUGGCAUGAAUUAAAAUAUGCACUAUGUGAAUACGUGCCGCUUUAGGAAAAGGAAGUAGAGAGCAAACGCAGACUCUCAACUGAAAUAGUUCAAAAAAAAAAAUCAUCACACAUGGGGGGGGAGUGGGGGGGCUGGUCAAAUUUUAUAUAUAUAUAUAUAUAUAUUCACUGAAUGCCAAAUGUAAUAUUUAGAGAAUGCCAUCCCCUGCGCCUUAAAAAAAAGAGGUUAAACGUCCCUAUUUCUUUGAAUGCACUAGAAAGUAUUUUGUGUCUUGCUUCCUAUGAAGAUUCUUUUUAAAAAAAGAGUGGUCUAUGAGGACAAGUGCAAUUCAAGGCUGACCCUGUUUAAUUAGCCUCAUUCUAUGGAAUUGUUCUUGAGUAAAAUGCAGGAAGGUUGCCUUAGAAUUAGACUUAUAAUCUUAGAACUAUGUGCACUAUUUUGGGCAGAGCCGAGGAAGACCUAGGAGCCCAGGGUUUUAAUGCCAUGGUUGUUUUUAAUGAUCGUUAAAGCCCUUUGCCAUGAAGUAACCCCAUUUUGAAAGAGGUACCCAUCCUUAGAGGAAGCCAUUUUAAGAUGGCUGUGACCCACGUAGACGUGCCAUCUCUACAGUGGGGGUGAACGGGCCAUUCCUUGACCAGGAUCUUAGAAAAUGGGGCCGGCUGGGCCAAGAGAGAGGGGGGGGUCGCAUCAACGUGUUCUGUGAGCCGUUGUGGCACACUGCCCUGUCCAGCAAGGGGGCAGCGUCUCCCGCCUGCUCUGCCCCCCGAAGAAGAUGGAGGAGGAGAAAGUGGGUGCUCCAAACGAGGGAGGAAAUUAAAUAGGGCUGGGAGUGGGUGCUGUUGGCUUUCCUAACAGUCACCAGGAGAUUCGCCUGCAGAUUUCAGCAUCCUCUAAGCUUUGGAGCCCUGGAGCAAAGGCUCAGUGGCCCAGCCCUAGUUAUGGCCUUGGUUUUCCCCUGAAGUUAACCAUGGUUGGUUGACUUGAGGGGAUGGUUCUGCGCCCGUCCAAGGUUAUGGCUUGGCUGACUCUUUUCUCAGCAGGAUUGGGAGCCUGGCCGCUCCCCCUGCCUGACACCCUUCAGGACGUUCACCAAGAGAGGUGUGUUAGGAGCUGUUCGGCCUUCUGCCCCAUCCUGUCUUGGAGAGGACAAGCUGCCGUUUUGGACGCUUCCUCCCCUCCCCCUCCUUCCUUGGCUGUCGGGGACGUUUCUCAAGAGGACGCUUGUCCUUCUUCCCAACGUGUGCCAGGCUUGCCUUCAGAGGCAGGAGCCCAGCCAGGUGGUCCCGGACGUGGUCUUCCCACUGCUUGAUCCACUAGAGCAGCUCAAGUCUCACAGAAACGUGGCCUUCAGGAGAAACUUUCUCUGCAGCGGGUGAGGAGUGUAGCUCCUUGAGAAGGUUUCGCCUCCAGGAACCUGCGUGGCUCAACCUAUGAGUAGUGAAGGAAGGGGCUUGCGCUUAGGUGAUGCUGUAGAAUGUGGCAUGGCGCCUCUUGGCUCUCGAAACCCAGGUAGUUCUCAAUGGAUUAGGGUUGGGAAAAAAAAACCCGGUCUCUCCACAGUCCUGCAAGUGCCGGCUGUCUCACCUGAUACCAAAGAUGCUUGCUGAAGAGCGAUGCUCUUCUUUAGGCUGAGAGGAUGCAGGGCGGUGAAGGGGUGAGUUAGGCAUCGGGUGGGCAGCACCUCCCGCCUCCCCAAUCCCUUCUUCCUAUAAAAUAUUUUGCAAAGUUCAUUUGGACUGCAGAUAACUUAGAUUAAAACACACCCACCCACCCACACACACACACCAGUGUUUGCGCAUCACUGAAUAUUCUUUGUUCGUUCCCCACCUUCAUUUCAUGAAUCCUGAAAUUAGUUCCAACAUGGAAAGUCAAUCCUUGUUUUCUCGUUUGCCCAGAAGUGUUUGGUUAUCCUUGUGUGUUCUGCCUGGCACAAGGAACGUGUGUGUGCCUGGGGUGGCAAACUGUGCCGAAGGCCAUGGAGAUGUGUGUGUUUUGUGACGCUUGUGUUUGCUCAGUGAUCCUGCAAACACCGCCAGGCAUUUGUUUUCGGGUUACCCAACCCAAGCAAGCCAAUUGCCGAUGUUGUGAAACAACGCUGGAGGAUAGCUAGAUAUCCUUUACAUCUUAGGGCAAGCGUGCUCCUAAUUGCAAAGCUGCCACCUCAUCCGGUCCUGCCCUCCUUCAUCCCAUGGGUCUGGCCUUGCCUCAGGUCUAAUUCUGUUAGGGCCACCCCAGCAGCAGCUGAGUUAUGGAUAGGCAGGGGGGAAAGGGGGUUUCCUCUGUAAAGGUCUUUUUUGAGCUCAUGUGGCAGUUUAUGGCAUUUCCCCUUUUUGGUGUCUUAACUUUGCAUUGUGCCUCCUUGUGUUGGCUUAUGUAGAGAAGAGGAGGCAAAAGUGUGCCCUCCCGACAUGCUGGGACUGCAACCUCCAUCAGCAAUGGCAAGGGAUACUGGGCACUGUAAUACUCCACCAAGAUCUGGAGAGCUAUAUUUCCCCCACUGCUGAGCUCAGUAGAUUUGCCUAUGUCUGGAAUACUUGCAGGAAAACCCAGUUAAAAUGUUCACCCUGUCUCUCAUCGUGUCCUCUGGGAAUAUUUGAUAUAUUGGUGAGGGAGGUGGGAGAGGCAGAAGGCCAGCUGGCUUUGUAUUUGAAGUUACAAGUAUGUCAGGUUUUAGAAGUCUAGGGAACUUGUCCCGUAAGCAUCCUGCCCCCCCCCCCCCACGCCUUCAUUUCUAGUCUUCCGAGACAAUUUGCUGCUGUAGCCUUGAGACAAAAAUGGUUGUUCUGACCUUAAAGAUUUUGGGCAUCCGUUUUAAACUGCUGCUAAAAAAAACCUGCAGAGUAGGGAGGAAAUAAGUUCAAGACCAAUGAGGAAAUAAAUACAGAAUCUAUUUGCCAUUGACAGUCCACAUCUAGGCAGAAGGAGCUGCAGAAUUUAACGCGUGAAGACAGGAGACAGGGCCCCGUGCUUGGACUGCAAGUCUAAAGCCGUACUAAUGGGGAUUAUGGGAACUGUAGUCCAUAGAAAGAUCUGUUCCAAGCUUGGAUCCAGGGCAGAUUCAUCUGUGUGUGUGUGUGUGUGUGUUUGUGUGCAUCCUUUGGUUUUUCAAAUCUCAGGACAGUGAGACUCCUUUCAGACAUUAUGUAGCACCAAACCUCAGUCUUAUGUAGUCUUAAGGGUCUAAAUUUGGACACCCCCUAAUGCAAUUUUUUUUAAAAAAGGAAGAGGGGGAAAGCACCUCAAAAAUGAAGAACUGUGUAAGUCCAUGAACACAUUAAAACCAUAAAUAUAUUGCUUGACAGAUGUGCAAAAAAGUUGCAUUAGAUCAGUGGUUCCCAACGUUGGGUAAGCCGGUUUUCUUGGACUACAACUCCCAGUGAACCCUUCCAGCACAGCUGGUGGCAAAAGCUUCUGGGAAUUGCAGUCCAGUCGCAACCCCUGGCUUGGGAAUCACUGCAUUAGAAGUGUAAUUACAAAGUGGUCAGAAAUUGGGCAAGGAGGGACAGCGGAGGCAUGCCUGUGGGCCACAAUUCGGUGGCAUGCUUUUGCUGGAUCCCACCUCUUCAACCAGAAUUGCCAGCCCUCCCCCGCUUUCCAAUCCUCCUGUAGUCUUCCUCUUCAUGCACCCUAAAAGCCUGCUUUCGGGAGGCUGGGAAACCAGCAGGAAUGGGGUUUGGGGAGCCACAGACUUUUUUCAGCAGGAGGGGAAGAUUUCCCUGGUUCUGUGAGCCUUAGGCACUGAAGCGAGAUGCCACAAAAGCGCUGGCGAUAGGAUCUCAUCCAGUUGUGGAGGAGGAGAAAGCUGAACCAUUGAGAACCAAAGAAAAGGCUGGUCAACUCACUCCUUCCAUAUAUGAACUUAGUUAUGGUGAGAGUCAGACAUCCACAUCUCAUGUCCUGUGAGAGGACAUUUAAAAAAAACCCACCCACACACACAACUCUAAAUAUAUGACCAGCGCUGACCUCCAGGUGUUUUUUGCAAUUUGUAAACAAGAGUCUUCCAGGAGGUAACAGACAAAAUUGAUAUAUCCUUAAAUAUAUUCAUACAGUAAGAGAUGUUUGAGCAGAGCUGAGUUCUCAGGACAGAAAAAGAUGUUGCAGAUAGCCUUUCAUUAGAAGAGGGAAACCUCUUAAGGGCUGAUUAUGUGUGUGUGUCACUACAGGAGUUUCUCUCUCCCCCCCCGCCCCCACCCCAGAAUUUCCAAAUGAGCUUCCUUUCUUGUGUGUUUGGUCUUCAUGAGGUAGGGAGUUCUUUGAAGUUUGAUUGGGUCAGACAUGGAAGACAGCCUUAGUCACGUCUCUCCAACACUGAUGUCCUUUCAGCUGUAAUGACAGGCUACCUAGAACACCUCUUUCUGUUCUCAAUGGUUUUGCAUUCUCAUUAUCCUGACUCUACAAAACACUAGGUUAUAGGUAGAGAGAAAUGUUGUUCCAUGUAGCAUACAAUUCAUUGUCUUUUGGGCCAUCCUUUUUGAUGCCUUUUUAUGUUUGGUGAUCACAGAUGCAUUCAUUUCUAGGGAUGGGAUUAUAUAUACAGCUCUUGGCUAAGCCUAGUUCAAGCCAAACUUCCUGUUCUUGACUCAGUUCAAGCUGGGAGCUUCCUUUCUGUACAGGAAGUUAGGUGGAAAUCUGAAAAUCCCAUCUACAAUCCUAUACUAAAUGGCCAGAGGCCAACUGGCACCCCCCAACUAGAUCUGCCACAUAGAAAGAAUGAAAUUUCCAUUAAGCACUGAUUCCCUGUUCAACAGCUCAUUCAAUAGGUCUACUCUAGCUUAAAUGUGCAAGAGGAUUUAGAUUGAUGACCAUCCAUUAGAGGCGAAAGCAUGUCCCCCUCUGUGGGCGUGUUUCUCAUGAGACCCAUCAUAGGAUGACAGUGCUGCUGCUAUUGUUGGAAACUUUGUCUGUGCAUGGGAGUAUGUUUUGCAUUGGGUUGAAGUUGUUUUGUUUUCUUUUGUCUCUGGAGGAUGAUGCUUCUUCUACUAGGUAUUCAGAAAAAGGUUUCAGACAACCUCUGCCAUGAGCAUUCCUGCACGAUCUUCAUCUACCCACGUCUGUGUCCGUGGCUUCCGCAUAUUACGUAUUUUACGUGCCCAUUGAAAGCAACCAAGGUUUCCCAGCACUGUAACGUACCAUGCAAAGAGGUCCAGCACAGACUGGCAAGGAAGCAGGAGCUGAUAAGUGUGUCUCAUCUCGGGUAGUGAACCUGUGGGAGGAUGACCAGUUCCACACUGGAGACCCGCCUUGAGGUUGUGAAGCAGAACAUGUGCCUUGUGUGAACUGGCCAUCAGAAAUCAAAAGGCAGGUAUUUCCAACAUUCACAGUGGCAGUUUUAGUUUUUUUGGGGACUAAACAUGGGAACCCUCAUGUGAAGAGAUACCAGUCCAUCUUAUGUCCCAACACAUGUAUAGACUUCUUUGACACCUUACACUGAUAGGCGGAUAUGACGUCCCUAAUGCAGUAGGAUGCAACCAAUUUUGUGAACCGAGAACAUUUUUCUUUCAUUGUUUGUUUCUCUGUUAUGUAUUCUGUCCAAACAACUGUUUAUCCCCCCCCAGCAUAUUUAAAUCCAAAUGCAUGCCUAAGUGCUAAGACUGUAUAAAUAAUAUUUUCAGACAUAUCUACAAAAAAACCCACAAAUGUUUGCUUCAGACUUUUGAUGAUAAGGGAGGGGGGUGUAUAACUACUAUGGUUGUCUUCAAAGGUGUAUUGUAUUUUUCAUUUUUAUUAAAU